AUGUCAGAGUCUCGCCAUAAAAAACCUGUUCUUUAUUCGUACUUUCGAUCAUCCUGUAGUUGGCGUGUGCGCACUUGUUUAAAUUGGAAAGGGAUCGAUUAUGAGAUCAAGCCUGUAAAUUUGUUGAAAGAAGAGCAGGAAGUUCCAACUUUGGAAAUUGAUGGAUUGGUGUUAACCCAAUCAAUUGCGAUAAUUGAAUAUCUUGAAGAAACCCACAAGGAGAAUCCUCUGUUACCUGAGGACCCUGGAGAAAGAGCUUUGGUUAGAUCGAUUGUGCAAGCAAUCGCGAGCGAUACGCAACCGGUAACAAACUUGAGGGUCAUUAAAUACGCUGGAGAAGAUCACAAAGAAGAAUGGGCCAAACAUUGGAUGUCUGUCAUGUUUAAAGGAAUCGAGGAUCAACUGGCAAGAGUGGCGGGUGAUUAUUGUGUUGGCAAUAAGGUGACACUUGCUGAUGUCUGCCUAGUGCCACAAGUUUUCAAUGCUCAGAGAGUUAAUGUCGACAUGACACAAUUCCCAACUAUUCAAGCCAUUGCCGAUAGAUUACUCGAACUGGAGGCAUUUAAAAGGGCUCAUCCAUACAGACAAAUCGACUGCCCCGCGGAUCUUAAAGAAAAUUAG